AUGGUAGAUUGCCGCAAAGGGGAAAGGUAUGAUAAGGGGCUACUUAUCAACUCGAGAGACGCCUUAGAUGAACAAGGCGAGGGGGAUGAGCAAGAAGCAGUCCUCGACGACUACAAAGGGGUUGAUGAAGAAUUUGUUACUGGGGAUGACAGUCCUCUAUUGAUGCUUAGGAGGGGGUGCAAGCUUGUUAUUGAUGGGGGCAGUUAUGAGAAUGUAAUGGCAGAGGAAGCGGUCCAGAAAUUGGGCCUUGGGACAGAGAAACAACUUGUACCAUAUUGUUUGGAGUGGCUCAAGAAAGGAAACGAGUGCGACGUGGUGGCCAUGGAUGCAUGCCAUUUAUUACUCGGAAGGCCAUGGCAAUAUGAUAGGAAUGCUCAUCACGACGAGAGGAAGAACACCUAUAGUUUUUUAGUGGAUAAUGUGAAACUUACUCUCCUACCAAAUCCGAAAGAAGAUUCCAAACCUUCUAAAGGGGCGCGUCAAACGCUGUUAGCCAAACACGAGUUCAUUAAGCAGAUGCUAGAUUCAGAUUGUAUGUAUCUAUUAUAUGGCAAGGAGUGCAAUUCCACGGAGGUAGUGUCGGAAGUAUUGAAGGGUUUGUUAGAAGAAUUUUCGGAUGUGUUCCGAGUAGAGUUACCCGAGGACCUACCACCCCUUCAUGACCUUCAACGUCAAAUUGACUUGGUGCCCGAGUCUAGUCUUCCCAACCGACCAUACUACUACAUGAGUCCCAAGGAGCAUGAAGAGUUGAGGCAACAAGUGGAGGAACUACUAGUCAAGAGGCAUAUCCAGGAGAGUUUGAGCCCAUGUGCAGUUCCAGCUUUGCUCACACGUAAGAAGGAUGGAACAUGGCGGAUGUGUGUAGAUAGCUGCACCAUCAAUAAAAUCACAAUAAGGUACCGAUUUUCUAUUCCUCGUUUGGAUGACUUAUUGGAUCAAUUGAGUGAGGAAACGGUUUUCACAAAGCUGGAUUUGAAGAGUGGAUACCAUUAG